UUCUUUUCCCAAAAAUAUGACCUCUUCCGUAACCCAGCCCAGCCCUACAUUAUCGCAGCUCACAUCUCCACCCUUCCGCAGCCUCCCUCCGUUCUCAAUCUAGCUUCUUCGGACUUCUCCUGUGCGCCCAAUUGCAAUCAUCGACGCCGAUUUUUUCUUCUCGCCGCCGAUUCACGCCUUCCACUGUGUUUGCAACCUGCCGCCUUCGCUGCAACGACGACCACAGACGAAGCUUGGUCAGAGAUUCCAUGGAUUUCCGCCUUCCCAUGGACGACGACUUCGAUUUGAGGCCGCCAGUUCUGAAUCCGCCUUCCUCAAUGGGAGACGACUCCGAUUUGUGGCCUCCGACUCCAGAUCCUCCAUGAUGAUAACUUCGAUUUGGGGGCCGCCACUGAUGGCGGAGGUGCGGUGGUCGUAUUUUGAGCUUCUUGCUUCCCUAAAAUGAAGACAAAAAGCUUGAAGCUGCCUGUUAUUGUCCUCUGCGCAGGCUUGUGGAGGGUGCUAUGGGGCUGGGGGACUAGGUUAGGGUGAGGCUGGUGUGGGACUAGUGGUAAUUGGUCACGUAAGAGGCCUGGAGGAGAACAGGGGAAGGAGGAGUGGAGAAGGGUAGGGAUUUGGCCAUUUGGGGGCUGGGGAGCUGGUGCAUAGGACUGUGGUGGUCAGAUGCAAUUUUUGCAAGGGCUAAGGGGGUUGGGGGCUAAGGUGGGGGCAAGGCGGCAUUGUCCAGGGGUGGCGGCGAUCACUGGGGGUCGAUGGUGGCAAGGGGGUUUGGGGACUGGGGCUAGGUAUGGGUUGGGGAGGGGCUGGUUUGGGGUUGGUGUAGGAGAGGGCAGAGAUUGGCGGCAGGCGACGGUGGGAAGGCGGUGAUGGACUUGAGGGCAGUCACUGUGGCCGGUGGGCAGUCACUUUGGCCGGUGGAGCAGUCACUGUGGCCGGUGGGGCAGUCACUUUGGCCGGUGGGGCAGUCACUGUGGCCGGUGGGGCAGUGGGCAGUCACUGUGGCCGGUGGGGCAGUCACUGUGGCCGGUGGGGUCACUUUGGCCGGAGUCACUUUGGCUGGAGUCACUUUGCACUUCAGGGUUAAUUUUGAUGUUGGUCACAUUUUUGACAUUUUGAAACAUAGAUCACUUUUUUUGUCUUUUAUCAUAUUUUUAGUAAUAUCCAGACCAAAAUGAACGGAUACUUAGACAGUUUAGAUGGACCAAAAUAUCUCGAUUUUUAAGCCUGACAUAAAAAUGUCUUUCUCUCCCCCAAUUCGUUGAUCCGCUCAUCCGCCCCAACCCUGAGCCUUCCGUCUUCUUUCCUUCACCGAUCCAGCUCUCUGUGGUCAUUGUUGUGUUAACCCGCCGCCCAAUAUGUCUUGCCACCUCGCCGCUUAUUCCAAAUUCAGAUUCAGCCGAAAAUCAGCGACCUCCCUUCAGCUUGCAAAAUAUGACAUAUAUAGCCAUAUUAAGAUGUAUGAGUUCAUAAAUAUGUACUUGCGUUGGAGUGAAGAUGACAAGAACCAACUGAAUAAGUCAAUAUUGAGAAUGGUUGUGCUAAGAGACCACCAUUUUCCAGGUAUUGUGCUUUCGGCGUUUGAAGUGUUCAGGCGUAAGAAUGAAACAAUUCAUUUUCUAGGAGUACUUUCUAGUGUUUAGAAGCCGGUGUCAAAUAAAGCUGAAAUAAGGUAGCUCGACCCCAUUUUUUUAUCAGAUGAAUUGAUUUUCCUAGAGCAAGCCACCCACUCAACAUACGGUGAUACAUAUUGCUCCUCUAGCAGAUUUAAAUGAAACAAAGAGCUAGUUUAUUGAGGCUAUAGGUUAACUCAAUAACUCUGACACCAUCCAUCCACUUUCAUUCAAAGAGUAAUUUGAAUACGCAGUAUCUAGAA